AGGUGCGUUUCACUGUUGUCAUAAUGAGUCGACCUCGUGGCCGGAGCAACAUUUGACGUUUGACCGAGCUUUGACUUUUUGAAAUCUCGCGCCAUUCGUAAUGAUAAGCAAACAAAAGCUUUAAUUCCGUAAUUCGAGAAGAAGGAUCGAGCGUCCUUUUCGACGCGAUGAGCUCAAUCCGUCGAGAGGUCCGAGGAUGUCCUGGCGCGACCGGUCGACGUAGUCGGGGGUAGGUGCCAGAGACGGGCAUGGACACUAAGACACCGCCGAUCCCGUUGAAGCCGCAGGAGAAGCCUCAGCCUCAGAAGAGAACGGAACGUGUGGUCGACGUGUCCUUGCCCCCGCUGACACCGUAUCCGAAUCAUCGUACACAUCAGGAUCAUCGCAAGAAGAGGCCUUACAGCUCUCUCUGUUCCAGAGUGCUACACAUAGGCGCUACACCCUUGAUGCACGCCUGUCAACAGGGCGACAGAACGAGGGUGUUGAGAUUGCUGAAGGAACAGGGGGAAACGGUCGCUUACAGAGAUCGCACGUUAAGAAACGCUCUCCAUUAUUGCAUGGACGCGGGAACUGGAGGUGCGGUUGCCGCGGCGGCACCGGAAUUGGUGAACGCUCCGGACGCUGAGGGUCACACGCCACUUCACCUGGCGGUCAUCGCCGGCGACACCCAGCUGGUCGCGGUCCUCUUAGCGAACGGUGCCGAUGUCAACGCCAAGGACCUCGAGGGACACAGUGUUCUUCAUUGGGCCACAGUUUGCGGAGAAGCGGAAUGCGUUCGAUUAGUUUUGGCAGCUGGCGCCCGACCUUCCACUCCCGAUUUGCGUGGUGGUUCCCCGCUUCAUUAUGCCGCCCAAUGUUGCGGUGCGGCCGCCACAGCCGAGCUCGCGGUUCCCAAGAAGAUCGGUCUGAAGGUUCUGCAAACGCUCCUGGAAUUCGGCGCGGAUGUAAACGCGAAGGACGAAGAUGGACGACAGCCAAUCUUGUGGGCGGCGAGCGCGGGUAGCGUGGAGGCCGUAUUGGCUUUGGCAAGAGCUGGAGGAUCGGCGGCCGCGGGUACUUCGGACAAAGAUGGAUUGACAGCGCUUCAUUGCGCGGCUUCCCGGGGCCACGCAAGGUGCGUGGAAGCGUUGAUCAACUUGUGUGGAUCUCAUCCCGACCACGUGGACGAUAACGGUUGCUCCGCUUUACACUACGCUGCCACUUUGGGUCACGCUGAUGCCACCGCGCUUAUCCUUAAACUCGGCGCGGAUCCCAAUCGUCAGGAUCGAAAGGGUAGAACACCGGCGCUUUGCGCCGCGGCCAAGGGACAGUUGGAGACCUUGAAGAUUCUAAGCCAACACGGUGGUUCGCUUCACGCCAGAACCGUACGAGGUACGGGGAUUGGACACGAGGCUGUAGCAUCCGGUAGAAUCGAGCUGAUAAAGUGGCUGGCGAAGAGGAGACCGAGCACAUUGGACGUCGCUACCCACGAUGGCAAGACGCCUCUUCACGUCGCGGCCUUGCACGGUUACUUGGACGCGUGCAAGGUCCUUCUGGAUCACGGCGCGAGAAUUAACGCUGUUCUCAGGACUAGCAAGGGCAACUCGAUGACCCCGUUGGACGCGGCCCUUUACAGAGGGCACCGAGAUUGCGCAAAACUGAUCCAGAUGCACGGUGGUUGUACGGCUCAGCAGUUGAGGACUCACAAAACCGCACCAAACAAAGUCUUCACAGCAAAGUUUCGAGUGAAACAUAACGAGAGUAGCUCUCCGAGCGAUAGUAGUCCUUGCAGAAAAGGUCACAGAAGGCACAGACAUCCUGAGCUUUACUACGAGGAGCGAUGGAUAGAGAGGAGAACGCGGCGGAAGAGUAAUUCAAAGAAGCUAGCGCGUCGGGAUAGUCGAAGUUUCAGCGAAGAGGAAGUGCGACUAUCGAAGAUGUCCACGAAAAAAGAUGAAAGAAGAGCUCGAAGCGAAUCCGCGCGAUAUGAUAAUAAUGGCGAGUGCAAUCUGCGAAGAAAACGAAGCAGAAGAGUAUCUAUGAGUCAUAAGCAUGAAUAUUCAGAUUCGUCGACCGAAUCUGACAGCUGUGACUAUUCUCACGACGAAAAUGAGGCAACUGUCCAACGGCAACGCGCAAAAUUGCAGCAGGAAGCAAGAAAGGACAAGAGUAAGAGCUCCAACGAAACGGCAGCCAAAGAUAGCUCGAAGAAAGAGGACGAUGACAACGAUCAAAGCGUAAGUGACGAUAGUUUGGAGGUGAUCGUAGUGAAGAAAUCGUUGGAAAAAAAAUGUGAAAAGGUGGUAUCCGGAAGAAGAUCGAAGACUCCUAGAGAACGCACAAAGGAGACGAAACUGACUAAAAUGCAUAAACGUAGCUCUAGGAAGAUGUCCAGAUCCGGUAAAUCAAAGAUAUCCGAUGAAAGUACAGUGGAUCGAGACGAUUCGCCCCAUAAGAAAGGCAGAAGCGCAGUGGCAAAAGAGCCAGUGCAUACCUCGGGAGCACCAUUCGAGAGGAAUGAAGUUGACGAGAGGAUAAUAGAAUCUCGAUAUCGCAGAGACGCGACCGAUAGCACCAGUCAGGAAACUGUGGAGCAAGUGAUUGUCACGGCGAUGGUUCACAAGGACCAAAUGCCUGACACUCCGAAAGCAACGUUGGAGACAGCGAAAGAGGUCAGCUAUGAAGACAUUUUGAAAAAGAAAGCAAUAGAGACAGAGGAAACGAAGGAAAUUUCUAAAGAUAUGACUACUUCCGAUAAAAAUGAGAUGAUAUUGCCGCACAAAAUGGAUAAGCAAGACUCUGGAGAGGGAGUGCAAGAAACGGUGCAAGAAAAUUCUCUUCUCAGUGUUACUGAAGAGAUCCAAGAUGAGAACGAGAAAGUCAAGGAAACGAGUGAUAAGACGCAAGAUAGGUUAGAUACAUCCGAGGACGAUACACACGAAAGGCAAAAAGUGGACGAGGAUAAAAUAUUUGACGAAUCAUCCCAUUUAAGUAUGGAACCUGGUGCUACUGAAGAUUUCAUCAGCGAGAAGAGAGACAGUUCUAAAGACGAAGAGAAAGCUGAUCAGCAAUCUGUUUCUGAUCAAAAGGACGUUUCUCAACAUUCUGUUACCGUAGACGAAGAGGACGGAAAAUCCAUUUCCGAAGAUUCGAAGAGAGAGGAAACCCUAAAAACUGCCAUGAAAAAGACUUUAUCGGAAGAAUCGAAAACACUGUCUUCGAGACAAUCAGAAGAAGGUGCAACUGCGAGUAGUUCAAAGGAUAAAAUCGCAGAUCUAACAGGUGAAGAAAAAGGGGAAACUUUGACGAAACAGGUAUCUGUGAAAACAGCAUCCACCAAAGAGAGCUUUGAAUCAACCGAAGAUGCUGAAUCGAAAGAGGAUGAAGAAUUGAACAAGCACGAUGAAACAUCUACGGGCAUAUUAUCAACGGAAUCGAUGUUGACUGUAGAAAAGACUCUUUCUCCAGGAAGAGCGUCUCCUGACGAAAAAUCGGGAAGUGCUAAGGAAUCGGAUAGUAAAGAACGAUCAGAAAUCGAGACAAGGGGCAAAGAUUCUCGAUACAUCGACGAUAGUUCCUCGAGUUCUCCAAAGUCCCUGAAGCCGGUAAGGACGAGACGUUCGAGACCAUCCACGGGAAGAAACGCGAGGACAGGAAGGUCUUCCUCAAAUAUAUUAACGAAGAAACAUCUGUUUGAAAGCUCGGAAGAGUGUCCACCGGAUCAGCGUGCGAUUGUCGCGGUGAUAGAUAGUCCGGAAUGGGACGAGGACGAGGCGGUUGAACAGGAAAUCAGACAGGCACUCAGAGAAGAUACACUGGAGCGCGACACUGAACACGAAGAAGACAAUGAGAUUGGUGUUAUGCGAGUUUUGCGAAGUACGAGCGAGGAAGAGACUCCUAGCACGACUUUAGGUGUAUCUAGAACUGCCAGAAUCGACUCUUUGCCUCAGGUACAAUCGACCACUAGUAGUCGUCUGCUUACAAUCGAGCAUCCCGAUCAAACCCGUCGAGAACGAUUCUGGCGGAAACAACGUCGCGACAGCGGGGGUAGAGACAGCGGGAUAGAGCCGAGCCCGAGGGUGUCGAGAAUUCCACGGAGGCGAAACGCGAGAUGCUGUCCCAAUACGGCGAAACAGCAAGCUCUCAACAUGGAGACCAUCACUAGGGACGUGCAAAUUAGUCUGCGCCGUUAUUAUCUCGAAAGGAAGAUCUUCUUCCAACUGAUGGAGCUGAAGAGGUUGCAGAUUCGUCACGGUAGAGCGAAUGAGCACGUUCUGGUGAAAAGACAGGUGGAAGCUUUUAAUAGAUCUGGCAUGUCUGGACCCACUCUUGGCGUCGCGAAGUACGAUCAACCCUUCACGUUCAGGCAAUUCGAAGCGUUCCUGUACGAACAAUUGCGAAGACUGCAGGGAAGACCGACCACUCCAGAUUUUUGCACCGAAGCUAAACAAUGCACGCAAAAGACUCAUCGUUGUCAUCACGCGACCAGCGCUUACACCUCUAUUCCAGUGUACACGUAUCUAGGUGGAGACGCCCCAGAUCGAGCGGAACAUCUUCCGAAGAUAGAGAGUCGCGGCAGAGGACACAUGACGGUGGAAGUGACGCAUGGAGAAGGAAAACAGGUAAUCGCUCUUCCGACUGAGAAAUUAGAUCGUACCAAAAAAUAUUUCGUUACGUUCACCGUAAGAGGCGAGACGCAAGACGACGAGAAAUCUAAAUCAUCCUGCACAACACGAAGAAAUGCAAAGAGCGUGUGAACACUUCAAACUUCUUCUCCUGUCUAUUGAUAAAAUAAUUAAUAA